AUGAAAACAAUCAUAUUCAUCUUCAUCUCACUCACAAUAAUCACUUCAACUCCAUUAACAUGUUCAGAAGCUUUGACAACCACUGAUUGCACAAAUAUAAUCAAUGGAAUGUAAUACAAUCCCAUUUAUCAUAGUCAUGAAUGUACUUGGUAUGAGAAUUAAUGUUAAUUCAAAACCUGCUAAAAUUCAUAAAUUCCUUGCGAUGGAUUAGUCUACUAAGGAGAACUCUGUUCCAAUUCUUAAUAAGGAUGCUAAUCAGUCAAGGAAUGUUCAGAUAUUGACAAUUAAGAAUCAUGUUCUACUCUCAGACCCUAAGGAGUAGAAUGUCAUUGGGAUCAAUCAUGCGUUGUCAAAACUUGUUCGCAUAAUACUAAAUCAAAUUGCAAAUUAACCAAUUCAGAGAAAUGCAUUUAUUAGAAUGACAAAUGCUCAUCAAUUAACUAAUGUUCUGAUAUAAUUGAAAAAUCAAGAUGCUUGGUGUCUCAAAUCUAAGGAUUGAAUUGCAUUUGGUCUAAUGAUUAAUGUCUUACAAAUACUUGCAAAGCCAUCCUAAAUAAGGUAUUUAGUAAAUAUUAUAUUUUUAGGAAGAAUGUUUUAAAAGUGUUAGAAAUUCAGAAAAAUGCUUUUACACUCAAAAUAGAAAUGACGACAAUCAUUGUUUGAGUUGCUCAUAAUUGACUGAAGAAUGCAAAUGCAAUGAAUACAGUAUUUUUGGAUGUGAAUGGUAAAAUGACUCUUGCUUAGAGACUUCAUGUAAUUAAUAUACCAAUCAGAUAUCAUGUACUCAUGAAUCAGAAUGUGUUUGGUAUAAACCAAUGAAUAAAUGCGUGUCUAAUUAGGAAGCAUAUGAAUAUGACAGAGCCUGCGACAUUUAUAUAUAUGGUUCUAUUUUACACAUUUGCGCACUCUUGAUUCUAAUAGUUCUUUGGUGA